UCCUCCACAACACCAAGUCUUACCAUCAGCUCUUGUUACAGUGAUGGAAGAAAAUCCCAUGUACAGCAGCAGUGGCCCGGGAAAUGAUGACUACGCACAGAUAGACUGUCGGGAAUCUGCAUCUCCAUCUCAGGAGAAGGGAGAAACCAGUAUGGUGAAGACUCAGCCUAACCCCGAUGACUGUCAAGCUGGUCCGGACAUUGGAUAUAUCUAUGCCGUACCUGACAAAUCCAAGAAGUCUGCAGCAGAGGAGAAGGGAGAAGCCAGCGAGGUGAAGAAUCAACCUAACUUCGAUGACAGAAACCUGAAUCAGCCUGGACUGGAAGGUGGAGAUACCUAUGCCGUACCUGACAAAUCCAAGAAGUCAGCAGCCGAGGAUGUGGAGGAUGUGUCUAGUCAAGUGCAGAAGCCGAAAAAGUGAUUCAAGUAAACUUAGAAGCUCACGUUGAAGUAGUUUUGUCCCUGUGUUGAUACUUUAAAAACCUCCGUAACAUAAACCAGGUCCUGGAUGUUAAGGAUGUUCAUUAUCACAUGGGCUAUGUCAGUAGAUAGAGUUGUCUGGGAUUGCUGCAUUUAUAUGCUUACUACGUUAACUUUUAAUUACGAGUUUGUAUAAUGUAUAUCAGCGCCUCAAUUGCAAACGCAGUCGUGUGUAAGAAAUGACAGCAGUUGACCCAAAACAAACUGUUGAUGCAUUUGAUAUCAUGUGACUAUUUCACAAGAAGAAAGCUUCUAUUCUGCAAAUCGGUUAGCAAGUGUCCAAAAGACUAACUUCACAAUAAGUAGUACAUCUGCUGUUUCUUUUAAUAAGUGUUAGCGAUGGUACGAACGGAAGAUUAAAGUCGUAUGCGGAACA